AUGUGCUCGUCUUCAGGCAAAGACGCUACCGAUGAUUUCGAGGACAUUGGCCACAGUAAGACUGCCAGAGACAUGCUCGCUCAGUACUACGUCGGUGAGAUUGACGAGUCGACGCUACCAGAGAAGCCGAGUAGAAACGGAAGCAGUGGUGGAGGGAGCCAGGAGGCUCCACCACCACUCCUUCCUCUCCUCCUUCCCCUCCUCCUCCUCCUCCUCCUCCUCCUCCUCCUCCUCCUCCUCCUCCUCCUCCUCCUCCUCCUCCUCCUCCUCCUCCUCCUCCUCCUCCUCCUCCUCCUCCUCCUCCUCCUCCUCCUCCUCCUCCUCCUCGACUAA